AUGUCAUCUUGUACCGCCAAGAACACGCGAGUCGGUAUCAUUGGUGCUGGUGUGAUCGGGCUCACCAGUGCCUCGUUGCUUGUUGAUGCUGGAUACGAGGUCGUUAUUGUGGCCCGAAAUCUCCCUGGCGAUGAAACAACCGAGUGGGCAAGUCCUUGGGCCGGGGCUCUGCUUGCACCACAUCCAGAUACAGGCUUUAAUGAACUCCAGGAAUAUUCAAUUCAAAAGUUCUCUGAACUAGUGGAUCAGGAUCCUCAAAGUGGUGUCAAAAAACUCAAUAUCACAGAGUUUUAUGACGACCGUGGGGAAGAUUCAACGAUAUGGUACAAAUCAAUCGUCCCCGAUUUCACCUCCAUCCAGUCCACCGAUCUGCCAGCAGGGGCGACUAUCGGAUUCACUUACAGUGGACUGGCCGUGGACCCGAGUAUAUUCCUACCAUGGAUCACCCAGAAAUUGGUUGAUCAAGGAGUAAAAUUUGUACGGGGAAACGUUGGAUCUUUCCAAGAAAUGAAGAAUCUAAGCGGGGCCAGUAUCGUGGUGAACGCAUCAGGAUUGGGGGCACGAGAGCUUGCUUCGGAUGAUAGCUCGAUAUCCAUUCGAGGCCAGACCAUGCUUGUCCGAAAGCAGGGUUACUUUGACCGCGCUGUUAUUCUGCAGGGAUCACAGUAUACCUAUGUUAUUCCCAGGGCAAGUGGGGGAGUCAUCCUCGGUGGUGUUAGCCAACCGGGGAACUUCGCUGUUGAUCCUGAUAUGGCUCUGCGAACGGACAUCCUCAAGCGAGUCAAUAAUAUGACGAAGGGUGAAUUUGGCUGGGUUGAUAUCGACAGAGAUGUCUCUAGGGAUAUUGUCGGCUUUAGACCGGCUCGAGAGGGUGGACUUCGUGUUGAGCGGGAAGGCAAUAUCAUUCAUGCUUAUGGAGCUGGCGGUCUGGGUUAUGUCUACUCCUGGGGAAUGGCAAAUAAAGUCCUUGGCUUGAUUGGAAAUCACUAUAAAGGGCAUAUUUAA